AAAAUGCUUCAGGUGAAUACUGACCGUUAUUUGACGUCAUCUCCAUGCGACUAUUUUGAAUGCUGAUGUCGAUAGAGCAUUUUUAGAUUUCAACGGUCUCUAAUAAAGCUAGCGUGUUUAUGAUGAUAAGGAGUGCUAAACUGAAUAGUCUGCGGAUUGUAUCCCACAGUCAAACACAUGAAAUUACCUGAGGUAGUGUUAGCUAAAUGUACAAUACACGUCGGUGGCUAAUUAUGAUAGACACCGCUCGGUAAAUACUAGCUGGUUGUCUGUUGCUAACUUAGUUAAUAUACCUGCCGUUUUACUUUCAGGCCACGCUAAAAACGCUGAAAAUGUUAGUUGUUUAUUUACCUUUCAAGCUAGCGACAAAAAUGUGUUAGAUGAGUUGCUAAUAUGAAGUGCCAUGCAGCUAGCUAAGGUGUAAGACGUUAUUUCUAUCGGUCUACAGGGGGCUAACGUAGAUCACUUAAUUCACUUAUGUUAGUGAGAGAGACAAAGGAUGGAGUUGUGCCAGAUGGCGAUCAAAAUAGAGGGCGAUGAACCAGAAAAGAGGGCUGGCGUGAACGUGAAGGAGGAAGAGCAGGAGUCAGAGAUAAAUCGACGGAGACCCUUAAUACUAGGCCGGUGCCAAGUAUCUUUUGACGGGGGCCGGCGGCCAAGUGUCUUUUUUGAUGGGGACCCGGCACGGGCGUGCGACAGACUGAUGGCAGCAUUAAGGGACGCCCGUUCCAGUGCCCGGUCUGCGGGGACAGCUUCAUCCAGGCUCACGCCCUGCUCAACCAUCAGCGCCGCCACGUCCGCCAGUCUCCCUACACCUGUCGAGAUUGCCCCCCGCACCUGCCGAACCCUGGCUCAGCUUCUGGCGCAUCGCCACACCCACCUACCCGUCGGCCAUCCGCUGCCCGCACCUCCAGCAACCGCUGCCGCUGAAGGACCUCGACCGCCAUGUGAGCGGGGGCGGGUCUGGUAUUGUGUGUCGUUUUCAUACCCCUCCGUCUCCUCCCUGCAGUGUCCGCGGUGUUUCAUCACCUUCCGGGACCUGCAGACCAGCCUGCAGCACAUGCGCCUGCAGCACCCCGCUCUCUAUGAUGGUGAGAUGCCGUCUUCUCCCUGCAGUGUCCGCGGUGUUUCAUCACCUUCCGGGACCUGCAGACCAGCCUGCAGCACCUGCGCCUGCAGCACCCCGCUCUCUACGAGCGCCGGCUGCGGGGCCGCACCGUCUUCGCCUGCCGCCGCUGCGAACGCACCUUCCCCUCCUCCCGCCAGCUCUCCACCCACCAGCGAGCCCACCGCCAGGGCCGGGAAGCAGGCCGGGAGGAGGGGGAGGGGCAAGAGGAAGAACGCCAAGAUGCCCACAUCGCCCUCCCUGCUUCCCCUUCCUGACCGGCACAAGUGCCCACACUGCAACUUCCUCUUCAGAGAUGCUAAGACCAAAAUGCGCCACAUGAACGUCAAGGACCCCACAGGCUGCCCCCUGCCCCCUCCACUGUUCUUCUCUACAGGAGACGAGGAGAGGGAGGAGGAGGAGGAAGUGGUGAUGGCGGUGCAGGUUAAAGAGGAGGAUGAGGGUGAGCAUGAGGAAGACGAUUUCUCCACAGCUCUCCGUCACCGUGGCAACCUGAAUCCAGCCUCACCGCAUCAGGGCGAGGGCAAGGAGGGCGUGGUCAGGGUGCCAAUCAAGCCUGAUGCAGGAGACGUGAGAACGAAAGAGGAGACGAUAGAGGGAGUCUGCGAGUGCGCCCUCUGCGGGAAGGGGUUCGAGCAGCUGCUCGCCGCGGCCAGGCAAAAGGCGCCGUGGCCGGCGCAGGGACCACUCCGCCCCCCCGGGGGCCCGGGGCCACGCCUGCGGGCACUGCGGGCAGCUGUGUCACAGCCAGGAGGCGCUGCGGCAGCACCAGAGGCUGCACACGCUGGAGCGGCCCUACCUCUGCCAGGGAAAGGUGUGGCUGCUCUGCAGGGGAAAGCUGUGGCUGCUCUGCAGGGAAAGAUGUGGCUGCUCUGUCGGGAAAGAUGUGGCUGCUCUGCAGGGGAACUGGCUGCUCUGCUGGGAAAGAUGUGGCUGCUCUGCAGCAUGGGCGCAGUGUGGGCCUGCCAUGUGCUUUUUGGAGGCGAGGAUUGCGGGAACACUUUUAAAAGGGCUUCGGGGCUCCAGAGGCACAGAAGCAUCCACACCCAGGUCCUCUAUAGUGCGACCGCCUCCACCCAACCUGCUCCUGAGCUCCAGGACAGACUGCCUCCUCCCGUCCCACAAAUCCACUAGGACAGUCCUGUUAUGUGGCCUCCAGAUACAAGAGGAACUGGGAGAAAUUCUACACCAUAACUCCUGCUUUCCUCUAGAAUCUCAGCAUAGCACCACCUAACCUAUCGUGCACCUUCAACCUGACACACAAACUGCAACUUUGUAUAUAUUUUACCAGUAAUGACCCUCUGCAGUCAAUAUCAUCUUUUUUUAUAAGUUGUAUUUUUCAUAAAGAACCAAAGAAAACAAAUACUAAGAUAUUAUGGCUCUUUAUUCAGCCGUGAUUUUAGAUUAGUUUUUUUUGGUACGUGAAAGCAGUUUGUCUAGUACUGCCCAUUACAGGAGAAAUUGGUGUUUGCCAUUUGAAAGCCAUAUUUAUUUUCAGUCCCAUUUACAUUCUAACCAAUCAUGAGUCAAUAUCCAUGGAAUAUCCACGUAGAAUGAACAUGCUAUGCUAGACCCUUUUCUCAUGUUCAGAAAUGACAUACUUUCCAAAAAAUUGAAUUUUAGCAUUUUGUGUGUUUAAAAUUGUUUCUUAAUGAACACUAAAUUCUAAUGCAAGAAAAUCAUAUUGCAGAGGGCAUUUAAAUGCAUGUUGCCAUCUGCAUCAGAGAGAAUGUUUUACCCAUCUAUCUGUAUUUUUUAAGGAAAGCAGUCUGCCCUAAUUUUUUUACUUUAUUCAGAUGAGGGAAAGCAGAGGUGGGUUAUGGGUAGAGACCAUUUGAAAACCAGACAGUUUGAAAAGUGUCCUGGCUGGGAAUCAAACCCCCGGCAGCAUCGGAGCGGUGGAGUGUGAGUUCAGAGUUGACUGUCCUGCAGACAGCUGCCUUGUGGUUUCUCUGCUGUUUCUGGUCUUGGUGAGAGUUCUUCUCACUUAGCAGGACUGUAAGAACGGUGUUGCUUCCUGUGGCAAUCGUGUUAAUGUGUCUGUAUUUUUGCGGAUGUAAAUUUGCCUGACAAGUACGCACACACUGAGAAAUAGUUACAACAUUUUCAUGUAGUGUUAUUGUUGCAGUUAAGUGGAUUGCCCAGAAGGUGUGUUUUAUCGUGAGGGAAAGUUGCUUUGAUGGCUGAUGCAUUUUUUAAAAAUCUCCUUCCAGCAGGAAGGAGAGCGGGAGAGCUGGACAGGAAGUGUCCUGAUGGGCAGGUGUGUGUAGGCGAGCCCGUCUCAGGUGCUCAGGGCGGAGGGGUUGGGACAGGGAGGGGGGAGAGGAGGAGGAGGAGGAGAUGGCAAUGUGGUCAGCAGGAGAUAUGGUGGGAGGUGAGCGAAAGAGAGAAGGCGAGGUGCUUGAUUGUUUGCUCACAGAGGUGGCAAAAACGGCUGGGCGAGGGGGAAAGAAAGAGUGGGCCAUUUUCAUUCUGUCCCUGAGUCUACGUGGAGAGAUGAUCUGAACGUGCAGAGGGUCAGGUCACUGCUAAGGUCAGUCAUUAGCUUUGGGUUUCCAGAUGUUUCCUGUGUGGCCAGUUGACCCACAGGCCUGUGCGCAAUUGGCCGUGAUGUCGCAUAGCGGUAGGCUGUCGUGUGGUUCGUGUGGAGGAAAAUCUCCUCUUAGGUUCGAUGGGUGAGUCGGCGAUGUAAGAAUAAAGACUAGAAAAUAUGA